AGUCGAUUAAAAUCAUCAAAAUAAUCAUCCUUAUACUUGACACAAAACAUGUUUUAAUAAUUGUGAUCUGUUGACACAACAGUGCUUGAAAUAAAAAGUUGUGUAAAGUUUAGUUUACUCAAAAGAGAAAUGUAAUGAAGAUAUGAUUGCAUGGGAGCAUGCAGUAUUGAAUUUAUAAAAUCGGGUUUGGGGGAAUCAUGUAUAUGUUUCGGAGCAUUUGUCACUGUCUGAUUAUCGACAAUGGACAUUUUUUUACCCCUUUUCAUUAAAUAAUCCAAAAAAUCUAAUCCGUAGUGCUGUUUAAUAGAUUGUCAUUUGUCACUCAUUACUAAAUACAGAAUGAUAAUGAUAGGUUCAUGGUUGUGUCCAUAGUUCUAUUAAAAUUCGGAGUAGUGUCGAGAGGACCUGGUUUUGAUUAAAGAUGGAGGAAGAUGUAAAGGAGAGAUUGUUGUCAAGAAGACGUUCAGCAGCAUUGAAGUCUUUUAAAGUCAAAGAUGAACGAGUAGCCACUGUCAAAAAGGUCGCUGCUAUUUUGCAAAAACCUGAAGAAAGCCGGUCACCUGAAGAAAAUGAGAUUUUAGUGUCGUGCGGUGACAUCGUUAAAGAGGUUAACUUAAGACAGAAGAAAAGAGACCGAGUGAAAGCAAGACUGGAGGAAAUCGAAGAUGCGCCAGAGAUUUUGGAAGAAAAAUGUAUGCGGCUAGCAGCUGCGAUUAGUCGAGCAACGUCUCUUGCAGUUUAUACAGGUGCUGGCAUCAGUACGGCUGCUUCUAUUCCAGAUUACAGAGGUACUAAUGGUGUUUGGACAAGAAUGCAACAAGGGAAAGAUAUUGGGAACCACGACUUGAGCCAAGCCGAGCCGACCGUAACCCACAUGGCUUUAUACGCUCUGUACAAGGCGCGCGUUCUAAAGCACAUAGUAUCUCAAAACUGCGAUGGUCUACAUCUUCGAAGCGGCAUUCCGCGAUCCUUGCUGUCCGAAGUUCAUGGCAACAUGUAUGUGGAGGUUUGCAAGACCUGCAAACCUUCUCGAGAAUACUGGCGACUUUUUGACGUAACUGAGAAGACCGCCAGAUACUCUCACGGUACGGGUAGAAUAUGUCACAAAUGUAAUUCCACGCUUCAAGACUCGAUCGUUCAUUUCGGUGAGCGGGGAAAUUUACUGUGGCCAAUUAACUGGAGCGGAGCCUCCAGGGCAGCAAAACAAGCCGACGUCAUCCUCUGCCUCGGUUCUAGUUUAAAAGUUCUCAAAAAAUACCCCUGGCUCUGGCAGAUGGACAGACCAAUGCAUAAGAGAUCUUCCUUGUACAUCGUGAACUUACAGUGGACUCCCAAAGAUGAGAAUGCAACUCUAAAAAUCAAUGGGAAGUGUGACGAAGUCAUGAGAAAAGUAAUGUUGCAUCUAGGCAUAAAGAUUCCCGAAUACAACCGAGGGAAAGAUCCAAUUUUUCACCAUGCGAUACGGCUGCAGAAUGUCGAGCAGUCGACGACAACGCAGCCAUUACUUGAGGAACCUGUUUCUUCUAUGGAGAAGAGUUUAAUAGUUGUUGAAGAAGAGGAACCGGAAGUCAUCAAAGUCGAGCCAAAAUCUGAAACAGAUUGUGUAUCUCAAAUCACGUUGACCGAACCGAUGACUGCCUAUCCUGCUCCCUUUUUUGCUGCCCUGCCCUUCCUUUCCAUGGGAUUGCCAUUCCCUCCGAUGUAUAUGUAUCCACAACUUUCUCCCUUUCUUUACUAUCCCUUUAUUCAAGUACCAGCGAUAUCAACGGAAACCUUGAAACCAAAACCUGCUUGUACGUUUUGCAUGGAAAACGAAGGUUCUCUUACGUGUUUGUAUUAUCAGCGAGAUGGAGAUGAUCCAGUUACGAUGGACGCUCUUCCACAGGAAACAGAAACGGAAAUGGAGAAUAAUUCUUCGCUGGAACAAAUCCAGGAGGCGGAGGCUAUGUCAUUAGACGCAAAUGCCCCCAUAUCAACUGCCAAAAAUCCUGGGUGGUUUGGCAAAGGAUAUCGAAAGGGGUUGAAAAAGAAACGGUAGCAUUCACCCCAUUUUGUCAAGUCACACAAAAGUCUUUUAACUUUAAAUUUUUCUUUAAUCUUCUGAAGCAAGACUUUCAAGUCACGUUUUGAAACUCAAGGUUCUGUGCUUAAAGGUACAGCUCAUCAGCAUUGCUUGAAAACAAAAUUAUUGACGAUUCUCUUUGAGAAGAUUGAAACAUUGAGAUUAAUUCACUCUCUUUUAAUACAUUAAGUGGAAAGUUCCCUUCAGAAUGUACGAAAACCAUCGCACCCUUUCUCUAAUUUUAUUCUCAAAAGUUGCUUAUUUUUUCAUGAAAUUUAUCCAAUUUUAAUUUGGAAAUAACAUCUAUGAAUUUAGACCACUUUCUUUGAUAAAAGAAUGAAAUUUGCUAGAACGGCUUUCGUACGAUUUUGUCUAGAGCGAAGAUGAGGACAUUUCUAAAACAUUUUUUGUUUUUACUUUGCUGACAAUCAAACUUGAUUAAACUAGUUUUUAAAUCUUGCUAACCUAAGUCUAUCGUGGAAUAAGUGUGAGAUUUUUUUAUUAUAAUGGAAUUUGGUAAGUACCUUGAUACAAAAACUUAAAAAUAUUCGUGAGCUAAUAAUUAGGGAACAUUUUAUGCAGAAAACUUUAAAUUGAUGCUAAAAAAUGGGUUCCAUAAAAAAUAACUCAAGUAAAACGAAUGGGAAAGAAUUUAUGGAGGAAGCCAAUACCAAUUGUUUAUUAAAUUGUUUAAUCUUGAGAUAUAACUUUAUUGCUCAAAGGUAUACCAAAUGGCAUCUAUAUAAAACUGUCUAACUCUGAAAAAUGACUGAAAUUGGAUUCUUGAGUCAUUUUUUAUUUUAAAAAAGUAAGAUAGAACCCCAUGGUUCUAAGGUCAUGAUAUCGUGGAGGUACUAAUUUUAGUCAUUGCAA